AUGCACCUCCUAAUCUUCCUCAACUCUGCCCUACUUUUGGUUGCGUUUGCCGCCGCAGUUCCAACAAAAACAACCACCUGUACAGAAGAGCCAGCUGCAACCACUUCCUCAGCUGCAAUCAGCUCACCGUCGAUACCAUAUAGUGUUGUUUCCGUUCGAUCUGGAUCUCCAAUUCAUCUGCUUUCUAUGCAAGCCCGCAAUCAAAACUUCUACCUCGGAGGUCUUCCAGGAGCUUACUGCCCUCAGCCUCCUCUAUCGAGCUGUCCUUCGGGGUUUGACACAAUCUUCGCCGGAUUAGGUGGACUGAGCGCACUCGUCCCAGGUGGCCAAGCCAUCUACGCCCGCAGCGAUGGCAGUUUUGGUUUUACACAAGCUCACUCAGCAAGAUACCCUGCAGGAGCCCUUAUUGGUGGUUACCUUACCUACUCCAAAACCGACGGAGCACAGUUUGGAUCGCUAGGGACGCAUGCGUUUGGUGCAACAGGCUUUAUGGCAUGUCCAACUGAAGAUCAAGGCUACCAAGUAUUCGCAGCAGUCGGUAACGCAACGGCACCUGAGGGCGAUCUAGCAGCUUGCCUGGGUUUCGAUGCUUUGACAGUUGAUGAGACGGACUUGGAGAGAGGCGCUUGGCAAUACAUCUGA